UGGAGAAUGUAGAAUCUGGUAGCAAUUGAUGUUGCAUGCAUUGGAGUCCAACUCAAGCUUCAUUCAUUGGCAAAUAGUCGCAUAUGGCAUUCCUUUACUUUCCAUUGAUUUGAUGAACGCACGUUGAUGGAAGAACAGCCAACUGCACUUCAGGUAGAAUCUGAAACAGAAUUUAAUGAUGAAAUUUGGGAAGUCACGGACGAAUCAUCUUGUGCAGAAGCUAGAAUUAGCUGCAUCCCCCAUGCGGAAACUGCCACCUCAUCUGAUACCAGAACCGAGUUCAGUGGGAAUAAUACUGUGGAAGGUUGUUGCAGAAAUGUUGCAACAAGUAGGCAGAGACCAUACUUAUCUGAAUGUAAGGAGCUAGUUCCUCCAUCUCAUGUAAGUGCUGAUCAUAGUCCUCAUGGAUUUUAUAGGGAUAGUAGCAACAUAGCUAGUACUUCAUUUGUAGAACAGAUGUCUUCCAAUCUAGUCUCUGAUAAUGUUUCUGUUAACAAGGAUGCAGUCAUUAACAUUGGUAAUUCAGUGGAUAGUGGUGACUCUCAAAUUUCUCACGAGACAAUGCAUCAAGAGCAUGGAAAUUCCCGUUCUAGUGAAAUUUCUAUUGAGAAUCAUUCCAGUGCAUUUAUAGCUAUCCAGAGUUCUGUUUCCAGGCCUGUUACCGACAUUUCCAAUUUACCAGUAACUUCUCAAUUGCGAGAAGAUGAACCUUCCCAAGAGACAACACCUUCAAGUUCAGGUUUUCUUGUGUCCAGUCAUGAAACAGGACAGGGAAAUCAAAGCGUGCUUCCAGUUGAUGUGAUAGCAAUAUCGUCCAACAUUUUGUCUGAUAGUACUGCUGGCGACAGUGAUCAGGAUGCCAGAAGGAAUGGUAGAAGACUAUUUUGGGAUGCCUUUUUGCGACAUAGUUCUAGAAGGUUUGGUGAUUCUCCCACCAUUGUCCUCUCCGCUAGCAAUGCUGAGGAUCUAGGAUCUCAAGAACAAUUGCUUGUUAAUUUGGGUGUUGAUUUCCCAAAUGAUGGGGUUGGAGGUGAUUCGAGACAUCUGGGCAAUAGAAUUAACAGAUUUAAUGAACAAAGGCAGAACUCAAGAUCUGAGAUCUGGGAAAGGCUUCAUGGUGGCCUUGAUGGGAUUGGUCGUUCGAAUUCUUCUUGUCCCUUAGGACUUCAUGCAGAUGGUGUGUGCUCUUGUGAGUCUUUUGCAAUGGAUGAGGAAUCUAGCAUUCGAGCAAGAGUUUCUAGAAUAGUCAUGCUGGCUGAAGCAUUGUUUGAGUUUUUGGAAGAGAUCCAUCGGCAACCUCUAUCACUUUACCUAUCCAUGGUCUCACUCCCUGCACCUGAAUCAAUUGUUGAUUCUCUCCCUCUGAAGUCCCACAAAAAGGUUGAUGCACAUGGCAACACUGAUGCUGAACAAUGUUACAUAUGCCUGGAUGAGUAUGAAGAAGGGGAACAAAUACGACUUCUUCCUUGCAACCACGAGUAUCACAUGUCGUGUGUUGAUAAAUGGCUCAAAGAAAUUCAUGGUGUUUGUCCGCUUUGUCGUGGCAAUGUUUGUAGUGGGUACAGUGAAUCUUCUGCCUCUGACACUGAAGUAUCGUCUCGUUGA